CUGCGCUUGCGGUUGCAAAUUGUUUGGCGCGGCGUUAUUUUAUUUUACAUUAAUUUUGUGAAGAAUUAUGAAUUAAACAGUGAAUAAUAGAAAUUAUGGCUACAGGAGAAUCUUUUUUGUCAUGUGCUGUGACUGUGGAGUGGACAACCCCUCAAGGAUCUAUAUUGAGAAAGGUUGCUCAUAAAACUGCUUCACUUCGCCUAAUUCGCAAUGAAUUUAGAGAAAUGUAUAUGGAAAUAUCAAGUGAUAAAUCUGCUAAUAUUCGUUUAGCGUUAAAAGGUAUAAACGUAUUUAAAAAGUUCAUGGCCGAAGGUAAAGCAAGUGUGAAGUUUCAAGAAGUAGGUUGUACGCUUUUCAUCUCCAAUGCACCACCAACCAAUCUUGUUACAUUUUUACGAACAAUUUUUGUAAAAAUGACUGGUGACAAAGAGAAGAAAACUGAUACAAUGCCAUCCAAACAAGGCAUGCGGGCCAAACUAUUGAGUGGUAAAGCUCAAAGCUUUGAAGAAAUUAGUCCGGUAACAGUGGGUGAUUUGCAAACCGCGAAAAGUAAAAUACCUAAGUCUACACUCACUACUCCAUCACCACCAUCAAAGAAGCGAAAAGCUGAAGACCCAGCUCGAGGGCCAGCUCCUAAGAAAUUAUAUUCACCAUCACCACUAACAAACACUAAUUCUUUAAACCCUGAACAGCAAAGGGUUCUGGAAGCAUGUGUGAGUGGGAAAAAUGUAUUUUUUACGGGUUCUGCUGGAACUGGAAAGAGUUAUCUGUUGAAAAGAAUUGUGGCAGCCCUUCCACCUGAUGUUACAAUGCCCACAGCAUCUACAGGUGUUGCAGCUUGUCAUAUUGGUGGAACCACUCUUCAUGCCUUUGCAGGUAUAGGAGAUGGUAGUGGAUCACUUGAUGUGCUUAGAGAGAGAGCUACCAAACUUACUAUGGUGGCCCAGAAAUGGAGAAAGUGUAAACAUCUCAUUAUUGAUGAAAUCUCAAUGGUGGAUGGAACUUUCUUUGAGAAAUUGGAAGCUGUUGCAAGACAUGUGAGGAAGAACGAAAAGCCCUUUGGUGGAAUACAACUCAUAUUGUGUGGAGACUUUCUACAGUUGCCACCUGUAGUGGACAAAGGAAAGUCUGAGAAGAGAUUCUGUUUCCAAACACAGUGUUGGGAAAGAUGCAUUGAUCUAUGUUUUGAACUCAAAGAGGUGCACAGGCAAACAGAUAAGGAAUUUAUAUCCAUUCUCAACAGUAUAAGGAUUGGUCGAGUCACCAAAGAAAUAAGUGAAAAGUUGAUUGGGACUGCCAGACAGAAGAUUGAAAGUGAUGGCAUAUUAGCUACUAGAUUAUGCUCACACACAAAUGAUUCAAAGUUGAUAAAUGAUUCAAAAUUAGAAAAUUUGAAAGGUGAAGAGAAGGUGUUUUCAUCUCAAGAUAGUGAAAAUUCAACUAAAUUACUUGACAUGCAGACUAUAGCACCUUCCAAGUUGGUACUGAAAGUAGGUGCUCAAGUAAUGUUGCUAAAGAAUAUUAAUGUUAAUGCUGGACUAGUCAAUGGUGCAAGAGGAGUGGUAGUUAGAUUUGAAGAAGGGUUGCCGGUGGUAAGAUUUAAGAAUAAAAAAGAAUAUACUGCAAGAGCAGAACGGUGGUUUGUCAAGAAUUCCAAUGGAUCUUUAAUAUGUCGUCGACAAGUGCCACUGAAUUUAGCUUGGGCAUUUUCAAUACACAAGUCACAAGGACUAACCCUGGAUUGUGUUGAGAUGUCUCUGUCCAAAAUAUUUGAAGCUGGUCAAGCAUAUGUAGCUCUCAGCAGAGCACAAAGUUUAGAAACACUGAGAGUUCUAGAUUUUGACUCUAGACAUGUUUGGGCAAAUCCUAGUGUCCUGGAAUUUUAUCAGAAGUUUAGGCGUCGCAUCCAACAAAUGGAAAUCAUUCCACUGGGUAGGCCACUCGCUGAUAAAACCAAUAAAAAAGGAAAAUUGAGAGAAAUACUUGAGAAACAAUUGAAACAGAGAUAGAAAUAUCAUUUUACUGACUAUAAUUAUAUGCGGUAAAUUAGUACAUGUGGAUUUUAAUUUUCAAGUCCAAGACUGAACCUAUUUAAUCAUAAUGUC